UAAAAUAGGAAACACUGUAAUCAGCAAAUAGUAGUCAUUGUAUUAUAUACUCUUUGCUAUGCACAUGUCUUUGAAGUUGAAGUUUGAAAGACUUGUUUUUUUUCGGAUAACCUAUGUUGUGAUUACGUUCCAAGAAAAUGGACAUCAGAUUGUUUUAAGUGAUAUUUACGUAUUUAUAGAUAUAUACGUAUUAUCAAUGAAGUCGUUAUUACGCCGCGUGCAAGGCAUUCGCACGGUCACGAUAAACUCACGUACGAGAAGAUUAAAAUCCACUCGUGAUGAUGGUAGUCCGCUUAAAAAGCUUGUGAACGAGGCCAGCACAUUUGGAGAUGUUUCAAACCCGGAGCCUGAGCUGCGUUGGGCUACAGAGCCCUACGCGAGGCUCCAGACCGUCGAGGAGAUGCCGACACGCGUAGAUCCGCGAGAGACUAGUGUGCUACUCUUUCCGGGACAGGGCUCGCAGUUCGUCGGCAUGGGCAAAAAGUUACUGGAUUUGCCGGCCGCCCGCGAUCUUUACGAGCUUGCUUCUUCUGUAGUCGGGUGGGACGUGCGGCGCGUGUGCACGGAGGGCCCCGAGGAGGAGCUGCAGCGCCGCUGCCAGGUGGCCGUGCUGGUGACCUCGCUGGCGGCGCUGGAGCGCGCGCGCGACGAGCGGCCGGCCGCCGUGGAACGAGCGCGCGCCGCCGCCGGCUUCUCGCUGGGCGAGAUCGGCGCGUUGGUGUUCGCGGGCGCGCUGCCCUUCGAGCGAGCGCUGCGGCUGGCGGAGCUGCGCGCGGCGGCCAUGCAGGCGGCGGCGGCGGCGCGCGCGGGCGGAAUGCUGACCGUGUGGCUGGCGGCGGACGCGCGGCUGGGAGAGGCGCUGGCGCGUGCACGCGACCACGCGGCGGAGCGCGGCGUGCACCGGCCGGUGUGCGCGGUGGCCAACUACCUGUACCCGGGCUGCAAGGUGGUGGCGGGGGACGAGGCGGCGCUAGCGUGGCUGGAGUCGCAGGGGCGCGCGUGGGGCGUGAAGCGCGCGGCGCGGGUGCGCGUGGCCGGCGCCUUCCACACGCCGCUGAUGGCCGCCGCGGAGGACGCGGUGCGCGAGGCGCUGCGUCACAUACAGGUGAGGACGACACUCCGGAUCCGACACUUGCGGCGGCCGACAAUAUUUUGGGACUCUACCGCUUUUAUGUUUGUGAGUGGGUCACGAGCGUGUGCAUUUAGAGUGACGUCCGCGGCAGGUGCGGGCGCCGCGCGUGCCGGUGGUGUCGUGCGUGGAGGCGCGCGCAAUGCGCGAGGCGGGGCAGGUGCGGCGCGCGCUGGUGCGGCUGACGUGCGCGCCGGUGCGGUGGGAGCAGACGCUGCACGCGCUGUACGCGCGGCCGAGGUCCGAGCCGCAGCCGCUGACGCUGGUGCUGGGUCCGGCGAGCGCGCUGCGGUCCUCGCUGCGGCAGGUGAACGCGCGCGCCUGGGACGCCAGCCUGCACGUGGACGUGUGACAUGUCGCCUCCGACAUGUUCUCGUUAAAUGUACUAGUGUAAAUAAAAGUUAUCUAUAGUAUUCUUUAGUCUAUAUAAUAAACUGUAUGUAAUAUUAAAAUAAACAACAUUUUUUUUAAAUAUUGGUAGAUGAAUGUUAAUUUACUGAUAUUCCUUGUACCACUCCGAGCGAGCUCUAGGCUCGUGCUCGGAUACGGUUUAUGACAAUAAUCAAAUGAUCGAGUCAGAUUCGAACUCUCGACCGCGUGAUCGGAAAUCCGUACCCUUAA